UAGGUCGCAACUCGCAAUCAUGAUGGCGCCACGUUAUCUUUACCCCUCCCCUUACCGAACUGUCAAAUCGAGGAACGUUGUUUGUAUACGAAAUUUUUAUCAGUUUUCAGCCUCAAGUACAAUCCGGGGACUUCGAACAAGUGAAUAAGAUCAGAAUGAAUCGUACAAUGGAUGAAAAAGAAGAAUUGGUCAAAAAGUCUUUAUUUAGUUUUGUGAGGAAAGAGGUACCCACUGCCCAAUUAAGUUUAAUAGAUGAUAUUGUUUUGAGUUAUGUGGUAAGUAUGGUAGAAGAAAGUGCACUUGAGGAAGAUUUGGAUGUUGAUGGAUUAUGUGAAAUGGUUUCUGCUUGCCUUCCUGAGUUUUCUACCAUUGAAAAAGAAGCAGUAUCUAAAUGGUUGUUAGAUAUUGAAAGCAAAUUACGGCAAGAAACUAAAGAAAAUGAAAAUUGCCAACCUCAGGAUCCUUUGAGUCAUAUUAGUUUAACAGCUUUGUUACCUCCUGGUACACAAAGAAUGAGAGUUCAUCAUCUUUCAGAAACAAGUGAUGCUGGAAGUGAUUCUAGUGGAGAAUAUUUUUCAGAAGAAUCAUCUUGGCAUCAAGUAGCACUUCUGCAAGAAAUGUUUCCAGCUGCAAGUCCAGCAGAAGCUAGACAUUGCUUAGCAGUUGCAGGUGGUGAUAUAGCAAAAGCAGCACAGCUUGCACUUCAUAGACAAGAAGCAGGACAAAGUCUUGUUAGUAAUCUUACUUUUCUAACACCAAACGGUCGUAACAAGGCCAGAGUAAAUGAUGAGGAAUUGAAAUCACGUAUCAUCGCACGAUAUAGUUACGUUGAUAGAGAUGAUGAUUCACGUGAACAUCGUCCAGUCGCCCCGAAAACGGAACCAAAAAAAUUAGUACGUUAUUUAGAUAACAAGAUUGUAAGUGUGAAAGGUGAACGUUAUACUGAAGUAAGAAGAGGUGGUGAAGAGGAAGAUGGGAAUGAAGGUGGUAGAAAAAGAGGUCAUUGCCGACCGUAACCAGUCCCUUUGCCUCCACCCCCCGAUCCACCCCCUUGGAGGCAUCUAAUUUCAAAUUAAAGCUUUCACUUACAUUCUCUUGUAUUGCUUAAAAAAAAGUACGGAUAGGGCGUUGAAUUUCUAUAUUUGUAGCACUAUCCAUUUUGUUCCUGCUUUCAGUUGACUUUCUCACAAUCAUCUUUCGCAAUCAUUUUUAUCAAUUUUAGAACCACCUUUUUUGUCCUUUUAUGUGUGAUAUUAUCCUUAUUGUGAUCUGACGCAAGAGAUUUGUAGCAUUUUAAAAAGCCACGUAUAUAUAUAUAUAUAUAUAUAUAUAUAUAUAUAUAUAUAUAUAUGUAUAUAUAUAUACACACACACGAUGUACCGUUUAUGAUAUAGAUCAAUGAAAACUUUUCCUUAAUGAGACAUCGCUAUUGUUAUUAUUAUUAUUGAUAUUAAUAUCAUUAAUACUAUUAAUAUUAAUAAUAAUAAUAAUAAUAAUAAUAAUAAUAAUUAUAUAUCACAGUUUAAGUACCUGUUAACGUAUAAUUAAUUUACGUGAUUUAUUUGAAACAUUUUACUCUUCAUUGAGUGCGAUGGUCAUUUUCUAUUCUUUAUUGAAUAUAAUGAUUAAUAAAUUUUUAAUUCAAAAAAAUUUAUAUAAUAGUAAAAUCAUAAAUAUAAUGUAAAUGAAAAAAGAAAUUUUUUAAUAUUUUGUUGUUUUUUUAAUAAUUUGAAAGUUAUAUAAUUUAUAUAAAUUUAUAUAAUUCAAGGAUUUUGUUUAUUGAAUAAAAAGUGACCACUGUGAACUCAAUUAUUAAACUUAAAACUCAAUUUCUGCGAUACAAUGUCGAAUUUUAUUUUGCAUUUUCAACAAAUGCAACUUUUUUUUUUAUUGUUAAAAUAAUAUGCACAUUUUAUUUAUUAAACAUGUUGUGUGUCUCAUAUUUCCAGUGAAUAUCGUACUAUUGUUAUAUUAACUAUUAUCAUUAAGUCUAUGAUGUGCUGAUAUUUUUUGAAAUAGGCUAGGCUUGUAUAUUUUAUAAUGUUAACAGUAAGAUUAAUUUAGUUGAUUGUUCUGAAACAUUACUCAAAUUGAGUGAAAUCUCUUUCUUUUUCUCUUUCAAUCUAUCUCUAUCUAUCUCUAUAUCACUAUGUAUGUAAUGAAACGUACGUAAGAAUUAUAAAAUAAGUGAAACAAUAUCUGUGCAAGAAUAUUGGUUUCUUGCAAAAGCACUAAAAUAAAAUUAUAUAUAAUAAAAAAAUUUAGGAAUUUUUAUGUGCACAUUUACUCAAGAAAAAUGAAAAAUUUCAAAUAAAUAACUUCUAAGCAUGCAUAGUUAUAAUUAUUGUCUAUAAUAUAAUCGAAAUUCAUUUAAAAUUUAAUAUAAUAUUGUAAAAAGAAAAAUAUCCAAAUUCUGCAAUGGAAAUGAACUGCGUAUAUGCUAAAUUCUUUGAUAUCGCAGAGCAAUUAUAAUCGAGUUGUAGAUUUUAGAUAAUAAAUUGUAGUAUACGUAUUAGGUACAAAAUAUAUAUUGUAUAUAUAUAUUUAUAUAUAUAUGUAUAUUAUACAUUAUAUAUUUAUAUACAUAUAUGUAUAUAUAUAUAUAUACAUUUAUAUUAAAUACAUAAGCGGGAUAAAAAAUUUAUCGCGCUAUGUAAUUUAUUGGUAUUACUAUUGUUAUUGCCAUUAUUGCAAACUUUAAAAUGUAGACAGAUAUAAUCAUUCAAACUUUAGAAUAUUAAUAAAGUCAAGUGAUAGAACACUUGCAAUAAUAUAUAUUAAAGAAUGAGGUUUAAGAAUGAAUUUAUAGACAUCAAAUUUUGAUCGUAUAUCGUAACUGCUAAUUGUCGAUAUAAAAAAUGUGUUAAUCGGAAAUAUAAAUUUAUAUUUUCAUAUUUUAAUUAGGCCCAUUGAUACGUUAUCUAAUCAGUAAUGCGUUAAAUUUUAUUUAUUAUUUUUAUCAUUCAUUUUGUCAAGCAUAUAACUUCUUAUUAUUUUAGUCGUUUAGAAAUUUUCAUCUUAAUUAUUACAUAAAUUUAAUAAAAUAAAAAGAAAAAGAAAUAUACAUAUGCAAAUAUAUAUAUACAGAAAAUUUCGUUUUUGAUAUAUAUCUCGAAUAUAAUGAAAAAAAUAUAAUAUUGUUCUAUGUUUUUUUCUGUUUUUCAUACGAUUAUCAAAUUUUACAAAUUAAAAUUAUAAUAAUUAAUAAUUUUUUUAUUUUUUUCUAUUUAAAAAAAAAAAUAUAUAUCUUUUCUAAAUAUGUAAUCUCAAAUAAUGUUACCUUCUUAUUUCGCUUAAUUUUUCUUUGUUUAAUUUUUUUUUAUUUCUAACUAAAUACGAAAUAUAACUUAUCUAAAUUGUAUGGAUAAUUUUAUAUAUAUUAAAAUAACUUGUAGUUGGGCCAAUCCUUGCCAUGAGUGAUUUAUAUGUAUAACAUAGAAAAUUACAUUAUCAUUUCUAAUAAUUGUAAUUAUUGAUGAAUAUAUUACAUUCAUUGUAAACUAAAUGUACUCUACUGCCGAUUAAUCUCAGACAGAAUGAUAUUGCUGUAACAUUUCGAAAGUAUGUGUAGUAAAUUAAGAUAGCGAUACAUUAAAAAAAUAUUUAAAAAAUAAAAAAAAAAAGAAGAAAAUCAAAGUAAAUUGAAAAAAAAUAAAAUAGGAUAAGCAAUUAUCAUAAAAUGAGGCACUUCAAUUUCUUGCAAAUUUUUCUGUAUAUCCUUUAAUGUAAUAUAAGAAUAUUUUUAAUUUGUUUCUUUUUAGAUUAGUGAUAUUAGACAUAUCUUAGUAUAAAUGUGAAAUAUUAUGUAAAAUAUUUGUUAUUUGUUAAAAUAUUUAAUUUGAUACUUUAUUUUAUUAAUACUAAUAAUGAGAAAUUCAUUCUUAAAAAUCAGUAUCAAUUAAAACUGCUAACUGUUAUAUUAACUAUUAUUAAAAUAGAUUAGAGUAACAUGAUGAUAUUAAUAACUCUUAUAAUCUAAAAUUAAUUUAACCAGAAAAAAAGAAAAAAAUAUUUAAUUAAUUAUUCUAUUUUAUCUUUCAAUAUUUAUUAAAAAUUUAUUUUUUAUAAUGUUAAUAUAACACAGUAAUAAAAAUUUAAUUUUUAAUUUUAAAUACUUUUUAUGACAUUUUAUUAAAAGACAUAUUUUUCAUGUUUUUUUUUAUAAUACUUCGAUGAAUUUACAAUAUAAUUUCUUAAUAAUAUUUUUUAAAUUAUACGUAAACUAUAAAAUAUAGUCAAUAGUUUAACUACGCAUUUAUAAAAAAAUGUAUAACAAGUAUAUUGAUUAAAAUAUUCUUAAAAUUAUAA